UCUAAAAUGUUUCACUUCCACGCAUCUUUUCAAUUCACAUCAAGUGUUAACAAGAACUCCAUCUAAGCGUCUUCCAAUUUCAACAGAGGCAAACAUCGCUUUGUGAAACGUUCACUAUUUUCACUCUCCAUAUUGGAUAUCGACAACGGCACCAUUCUCAAAGGAUUUAUCUUGUGUUUUUAUUUGCAUGUUGUUGUUAUUUUGACGAAGCAACUUGCUAUUCCCCAGGAGGUGGAGGCUGUCCUGUUGCUCCAUCAAAGCCAAAGUGUAGUCUGUAACUUUUUUGGGGAUCCCAGAAUUGUUCUGAAGUUCCCGUUUUGGUGUUGAUUUUGGUCCAGCGCAAAGCUUUGUUUGCGGAGGUUUAGGAGACAUGACAGCUCUAGCCGGGGGCAUACCGAGAAUGAUGCGCCCGACACACCACCAGAACUACCCGCGGGGAGGCUACUCUCUGGAAGUCUCUACCCCGUUAGGCCAGGGCCGGGUGAAUCAACUCGGUGGAGUGUUUAUUAACGGCAGACCCUUGCCCAACCACAUUCGCCACAAGAUCGUGGAGAUGGCCCACCACGGCAUUCGACCCUGUGUCAUCUCCCGCCAGCUCCGAGUCUCCCACGGCUGCGUGUCCAAAAUCCUUUGCCGGUAUCAGGAGACCGGCUCCAUCAGGCCCGGGGCCAUCGGAGGCAGCAAACCGAAGCAGACAUCCACCCCAGACGUGGAUAAGAAGAUCGAGGAAUACAGGAGAGACAACCCGGGAAUGUUCAGCUGGGAAAUCAGGGAUACAUUACUCAAAGACGGCAUCUGCGACAGAAACAACGUCCCCUCAGUGAGUUCAAUCAGCCGCACCAUGCGUUGUAAAUUCGGGGGAGGUGCAGGAGAAGACGAGGAGGAUGAUGAUGAAGUCGAGAAGAGGGAAUUGGAAGAGAACGAAAGAAGGGCGAAACACAGCAUCGACGGCAUCCUCGGGGAUAGAUCCAGCCACUCAGACGAGGGUUCGGAUGUGGACUCGGAGCCGGGCCUGCCACUGAAGAGGAAACAGCGUCGCAGUAGGACCACCUUUUCAGCCGAGCAGCUGGAGGAGCUAGAGAGAGCCUUUGAACGAACACACUACCCUGAUAUAUACACCAGAGAAGAGCUAGCUCAGCGGGCCAAACUCACAGAGGCCAGAGUACAGGUGUGGUUCAGCAACAGGAGAGCCAGGUGGAGAAAACAGGCAGGAGCCAAUCAGCUGAUGGCAUUUAAUCACCUGAUCCCUGGCGGUUUCCCACCUUCGGCCAUGUCGAGUUUGCAGCCCUAUCAGCUGUCAGACAGCCCCUACCCUCCCACCUCCAUAUCACAAAUGUCAGAGCAGCCCAGUACGGUCCUCAGGCCUCAGCCCCUCCCCCCCACCUCAGUGCACCAGGGUGGGCUCAGCUCCUCAGCGGGGGCCCAGGACGGUAGUUCUGCCUACUGCCUGUCUUCUGGACGCCAUGGCUUCUCCGGCUACUCGGAAAGCUUCGUGCCUCCGUCCGGCCACUCCAACUCAGUCAACCCCAGCAUCAGCAAUGGUCUUUCACCACAGGUAAUGGGGCUGUUGAACCCAGGAGGAGUACCCCACCAGCCCAGCCACCAGAGUGACUUUGCCCUCUCUCCCCUGACCGGAGGGCUUGAGCCCGGGGUUGGCAUGGCGGCCAGCUGCCACGGCUCCCAACGGGGCUUGGAGGGUCUGCCAGGCCUGACCAGCAUGCCCAGCUCCCAGUCCUACUGCCCACCCACCUACAGCUCGCCAGCCUACGCCAUGGAACACCACCCCUCCUACCAGUACGGACAGUACGGACAAAGCAAGGUGCCUUUCAUUAUCUGAAACCCCAACAUGGCUAGGAGUGGACGAGAUCUCUGGCCAACCUGACAGUCAACUCCGGAGAAAUCCCUCCUUCCCCCCUUCCCCCCCUCUGCCUAUUCCCUACCCAGCCCCUGAGGAGAAGGGACAACCCAGAGAAAUGGACGGAGGGGGGUUGUUUUGGGAUGGGGUACCCUGGUUGGGGAUGUGGGGGAGUCUCAAUGGGAUAAUCAGAACCAAAGGGGGAGCCCUCUCCAGUUACCUGGCUCUCGCCCCACUUGCACUUCACGUCAUGCUCUGAAAACCAAGCACGCCUUGCUCUCCAUGCUUGAAGAGAAAAAUAAAUGGAGAGAAGGAGAAGAAGAGGAGGUGAGGCAGAGGAUAAAUGAAAAAAGGGUGAAUAAAACAAAAUUCACAAGAUUCUGCCUUUGAUUUGUAAUAAGUGGGAGAGAGUGGGAGAGAGUGGGAGAGGACUUGUAAGCUGUUUUUCUUCCAUGGAUGUGCCUUCGAGGCCAAUGUGAUGGGAGGAAAAUACGUUUUUAAGGCACGAUCCUGAGGCUAACGGUGAUCUAUCUAUGGACCUGCAAUAGGCACACCGCUCACUCAGCCACAAUGCUUUAUUUAUGGCACUCACAAUGUCUUAGGGAAAUGUCUUAUACUGUACACUGAUACUAUGUCUUUUUUCACAUGAUUUGGGGAAAUGAAAUUGGUUCUAUCAGGAGAAGAAAAACCGCCAUCAAUUUGAUUCGUAACAUGACUGUAGGGUUAAAGUAAAGAUCUGGAGAGUGAACUCAGUCUUUCACCCAUCUCGGUUGAUAGUAGAGAGACAGAGAGAUAGAGACAUACAGUCGUAGAUGGAAGCUGCUUCAACCCAAAGAAGUGCCUCAGAUGAAAUGAACUGACACAUCUCCUCAACUAGCCUUCUACAUUCUUUUUUAAAUCUAUAUUGUAUUGAGAAAAACAAAGAUAGCUGGGUUGCUUGCAGGGCAGUGCACAGACCUUUUGGGGGGCAUGUGCUCAAACAAAAAGUAGGGUGCCCCCUCAAAGAAAUUCCCGCAGCAGCUGCAAUUUUUACAAGAGGCGAAAGCAGCACAAUCUGAUGAGUAAAGUAUUUCCCGAAACUAUUUUGAACUGGAAUUAAUGCUGCACUUAUUAAAAUUAAUGACCCACACAAUUCCAGUCAAAAUAGAAGAUGGUAAGAAAUACUGUUGCCUACCGUUACUAAAUCCAAAACAACUCCAUUUGUUGCCACGAUCAUGUAUCCCAGGGUUUUUCAUAUUCGUUGACCCGCGACCCCCAAAAAGGAGUGGUCAGCCUACAAAACAUGUAAACCCCGGCGCACGCACAUGCACGUGUGCGCAAAUGUAGCAUGUCAUUACAGACAUAAAUGGUGACGCAUUUUCAAAACGCAAGUCUACAGAAAUAAACUUUACAGCUGAAUUUGGGUCUGAAAGUCAUGUUUGCAGCCAAUAUGUACUAGGGAAAUAUCAUGUCACUUCUCUGGAGUCCAGAGCAAGCAAAGUCAAACGGCCUACUUGUAGAGGAGGUUGAGGAUCGUAUGGAAAAUGAUGCCACUUUGGAGGGCAACCUGCCCUCAAAGUGCUUGUUGUCAGCCCUGUAGCCCGGUUCUUCGUUACAACUAUUGUAACAAAUUCACCAGAACAUUUUACAUCUUCACUCCAUAAUAUUGAAAGCAGUGCGACGUUACAGCUGCUUAUCUUUAGACAUAUAGCCAGCAGUAGCCACCCAAAUUAGCCCUAUCUGAAAUUUGGAAAUUACCAAUCAAAUCUCCACCUAGCCUAUUGUUCGGGCAAAUAUGAGUCCGUAGUAGAUUGCUAAACUGUAUUUUAUAUGGAUGAUAAACGUAGGCCUACUCUGUAUUUGGCACGUAGAAUUGGAGGAAAUGAAACAAGUGUUCUGGUCAUUAAUCUGGAUAUGCACGCCUGCCUUUGCGCGCCAAUGCUGAUUGAUGACUGGUCAUUGGUCAAAAAUCAAGAAGCACAACUUUUUGGUUCUGAAGCAUAGAUGAGAAUUUACCACCGAUUUGAGCGCACUCAGAACAACAACGACAAAAAAUGUAUACAAAAAGAAUAAUAUAUGCCACCACUGAAAAGGGCACUUUGGAGUCUGGAAGGCUUGGAUCACUUUUAAAGCAAUAAGAAUCCUAACACAAGAUCCAUGCAUGUACAGGUAACUUCGAUUUUUGCAGAUGGGAAAUUUGAGUAUAAAUCUGAGUCAUAAACACUCAAGUUAAGAUUCUGCCCGUACAGAUCUGGGACCAGUCACAUAGUCCAGUCAAGUGUUAAUUGGACCUGAUGAAACAUACCACUCCUGUUCAUUGAGUAUUUAUUCAGUCCACCUCUGUUAGUAUCCCUGGUCUUAAUACUCAGUGGUGCUGACCCGUAAAUCUUAAACAGCAGAUCUAGGAUCUUAAACACAGGAAAUUGUAGGGUAUUUUUGUUUUUUAAAAGGCUUCUGAAGUUUAUAAUUUCCACUUUGAAACUUCAGACUUGUUUUUCAUUACGAAAAAUGAAUCAACCCCUACAUAAAUGUCUAUUCAUUAUAAUCCACAUGAUAAUUCACAUUUGCAGUUGCUGCAGCAGUAUUUUCCAACUGUAUCAAACUGGCUCAAAUUAAGAUCCUACAUCUGUACACCUAUAUUUUUCGGCCUUGUUUCUUUUGUAAACAUAUAUCAUGUUCAUUUAUGACUGCAUAAAAUGAUUUUUGUUGGAAUAUGUCUUGUCAAAUGCAGCACUAUUUACUAUUUAUAAUAAAAUAUU